AUGGAGCUGUGGAAGAUUGCGAUGCUUUCUAAGUUCGGCAAGAAGGCGAAGAAGAAAUGGUCAUCUGCAGCAGUGGAUUUCCAGAUGGUUGACCUGGGUAUAAAACCUGUGUGUCUCUUUGACCACUGGUCAGUGACAGCAGAGGACAUGCAGGAUUUCACGCUAGACCUUCACAAACAUGGCUUGACCAGGAGUAAAGUCAAUGUCAUCAGCAUUGGCCAGGAUGUUGUGGUCUACAGUAUAUCGCACGGCAAGCUGUUGCUGGCAGCCAGUUUGGACAGCCGAUGUUACAUCGAUAUUUCUGCUUCACUGCUGAGCCCUGAUUUGGCUAAUAAUGAGGGAUUGGCUUACACUGUUGACGUUUUUUCUAAUCUGUGUAGAAAUAUCCACAGUAUUUGUGAACGUCAGGAUUCUGAAAGCGUCCAUGACGUUGGCAUCACUGAUAUUUUAAAUGGCUGUUGUUUGUUUGGGCUGUUGUUAGGCUACCCAUGUGUUUACUGGUUUGACCUUUCUGAAGGAGAUGACCAUUGUUUGUCGACACAGUCCUUACGCUUGUUUAAGGUCAUAGGUCAUAAGCUGACUCCUGCAAUAGAUAAAAAACCAGAUUAUACUGAACAAGUACAAGGGCCUGGGAAUUUGAAUAGUAGCUCAGUUGCACCUCAGAAAACAACCGUACAGUCGCGGCCAUCAGACAAAACUCAUGUAAUAUUUUCGUUCACAGUUCCAGUUAAUAUUCUAGCCCAGGUGGAGGGUCAUAUUCGUUGUUGGUUUGUUCUAUGGAGGGACUCUGUUCAGUGGUUUCCUUUUUUCUCUGAGGUGUGGCUUGAGGAAGAGACAGUCAGCCCACAGUCUGUUUGCCUCUAG